UUAAUUUGUGGUGUUAUAUGGAUCUUGGUGUGGUGGGUUUUGAUGGGUUGGUGGGUUCAGAAGCUGGGUUUGUUCCAUUUGGAUCUGGGUUCCUUAAGCAUCAAAGAUCUGAAGAGGAGGUGAGUAAUAAUGAUCAUAAUAAUAGAAGAGGGGCAAAACUGUCAAAGGUUAAUAUUACUAGUGGUGAUGAUGAUGAUGAUGUCAUCACAACAACAUCAAAGGGAAUGUUGUUUUUUCAGAAUCAUCAGAGGAACAACAACAAUAGCUCUUGUUGUAAUGUGUUGUUGAGAUCUAAUAAUAAUAAUAAUAAUAAUAAUAAUAAUGGAAAUGACAAUGUUGCCAUUGCUCUCUUCAAACAAGAAGGAGAAGAGAAGAUGCUGAGUUUCUCAACAACACCAACACCAAAGUCAGAGACUUUGAUUGUGGAAAAGGCUUCCUCAAAUGCUACAUUGCACACUUCUUAUCACCCUUUCUCUAGUUACAACAUAAAUAAUAAUGCAGGUUACAAUAACAGUAAUUGGGGAAUGAUGAUGAUGGGAAAUAAUAGUAGUAAUAAUAAUGUGGGAAGAGUGGUAGGAGCUGCAUUAUUCACUCCCUCACAGUGGAUGGAGCUGGAGCACCAAGCACUCAUUUACAAGUAUAUCACUGCAAAUGUUCCUGUUCCUUCUCAUCUUCUUAUUCCAAUCACUAAAGCCCUUCAUUCCACUUCUCCAUUCUCUAACUUUCCUAAUCCACUUCUUAGACCCAAUACUUUGGGAUGGGGAGGUUUCCAUCUGGGAUUCUCGAGCAGCACCGAUCCGGAGCCGGGUCGGUGCAGGAGAACCGAUGGGAAGAAAUGGCGGUGCUCGAGGGACGCAGUUGUGGACCAGAAGUACUGCGAGCGUCACAUGAACCGAGGCCGCCAUCGUUCAAGAAAGCCUGUGGAAGGCCAAUCAGGCCAUGCUGCUGCCGUCACCACCACCACCACCACCACAACCACCACUUCUAACUCAAAGCUAUUGUUGCCUAACAACAACAAUUCAAGUUCUUCAUUCUCCAUUGUGGGGAACACUGCUUCCAACAACAACAGCAACACUAUUUCAUUUGGAAACUGCCAUGAACACAAGAAUGUUAUUCAGCAGCAGCAGCCUGUUGCAUCUGAUGCUUCUGCUGCCAAUAAUAUCAGCAGGAUGUUUAUGAAGAAAGAGAACAAUAAUGCAAAUGAGAGUUGUUCACUACUUCCAAUGCUACCACCAAAGGAAAACCCAUUCAUGAUUCAUAACAACCACCAUGAAUUUGGAGUUGUGACUUGUGAUUCACUCCUUAACCCUUCUUCCAAUAAUAAGAGCAAUGAUUCACAAAACAAUUCCCUAAGGCAAUUCAUUGAUGAGUCAACACAAUUGUCAAUCUCAAUCCCAAAUCAUCAAUUCAUGCCAACCAAUGAGAAAGUGACACUCUCACCUUUAAGGGUAUCAUCAUCAAGGGAGUUGGAAUUGGAAUUAGUAGACCCUAUUCAAAUGGGGUUAGGAGUUGGAAUUGGUGUCAACAACAACAACAACAACAUUGUUAGACAACCAAAUUGGAUUCCAAUUUCAUGGGAGAGUUCAAUGGGUGGUCCACUUGGUGAGGUUCUCAACCUUAAUAAUAAUAAUAAUAACAAUAAUAAUAAGGGAUCUUUGAACCUUAUUAGUAGUGAUGGGUGGGACAAUAGUCCUUCAAUAGGGUCAUCACCAACUGGGGUGUUGCAAAAGACAACAGCAUUUGGUUCACUCUCUAAUAGCAGUGCUGGGAGUAGUCCAAGGGCAGCAGACAACAACAAAGGAGGGGCAAUCUUGUAAAAUCAUCUCUUGUAAACACAAAGUACUGUGUGUGGAUGUUUGCUUCAUGCUUCACAUUAAUAUUAAGUUUUUUAUUUAUUUUUAUAUAAUAUAUGGUAAUA